AUGGAAGGCUCGCAAGCACAGCAGUUGAGCAACCUAAGUAUGAGACCUAGCGAGAUGCAGCGUCAGCUCGGGAUUUACAUGAUACUUCUCACAUCAACUUCAAUCUUUAUCAUCUAUCCUUCUUUUCAUUGCCACAAGUCAUCUAAAAAACAAAAAAAACUUCUCACAACUUACAAGAUGUCUUACACUAAGGCCAAUCACAACGCCAGCUACCCGGCCAUAUCUGCAUCUAAUCCCGCCAACUCCGCUGCGGGUAAAGUCGUCCUCAUCACCGGAGCUGGAUCAGGCAUCGGACAGGCAGCGGCCACCUCCUUUGCCCCCGCCGGAGCCAAGGCCCUGAUUCUCAUCGGCCGCCGCACGGAACCCCUGACGAAGACAGCAGCAAUCAUCUCUCAAAAGGGCCCUGACGUGCAAGUUCGCCUUCACGGAGCCGACAUCAGCGAUGUCAAGACCUUGAAGUCUUUCAUGGCUGAGACUGUGUCUACCUUUGGACAAAUGGGCAUCGUCAUUCACGCCGCUGGCGUGCUCCUGGGUCUCGGCCCAAUCUCGACAAUGCCUGUCGAAGAACUUUGGAAAGCGCUGGAAGUCAAAAUCAAGGGUACUUUGAACGUGGCGCAGCCUCUAUUAGCAAUUGGUACCUCGGAGAAGAGUGCCGAUUUGAAAAAGAGGUAUUGCAACAAUGGGCAGUUCCAAGCAGCUUGCUGUACAAAAGAUACUCAACGCAUCAAGCUGUAUACGCUGUAUGAACUAGGCGCGUUUUCGAAAUGCGACGAUCAAGCAAGCUAUCCUGCUCAGAGCGGCGACCAGUCAAUGAAGACUUUAUUGGCUUCAUCGUCUAUUGGCAUAGGUGGCGCCGAAGUUUGCAAGAAGCUCUUGCGUGGAGGCCGCAUGGUUGCCAGUGGUGAGCACAAGCUGUGCUGCAACACAAGCAAUAAGAAGAUGACCUUCUCCGAUUGUGAGUGGUAUUCCAAUACGGGCUCCGGUCCUGCUAUCAGCCGCGAGGACUUUUGCGCAGCGAAUUGCCCAAAUGAUCGCGUCCGCGUGGCCAUGGACCUGAGAGCCCCGUGGUGCUCUGGUGGCGGCAAGGAAAGAUGCUGUAUCCCUAACUACUACGAAACCGUUGAAGUAGAAAACGAAAAGCCGGGCGUAUGGAGGGACUCUUUGAAGGUGAGGUAUUGA